AUGCAGAACAGUCACAGUGGAGUGAAUCAGCUCGGUGGUGUAUUUGUCAACGGGCGGCCACUGCCGGAUUCCACCCGCCAGAAGAUCGUGGAACUAGCUCACAGCGGGGCCCGGCCGUGUGACAUUUCCCGAAUUCUGCAGACCCAUGCAGAUGCAAAAGUCCAAGUGCUGGACAAUCAAAACGUAUCCAAUGGAUGUGUGAGUAAGAUUCUGGGCAGGUAUUACGAGACUGGCUCCAUCAGGCCCAGAGCCAUCGGAGGUAGCAAACCCAGGGUAGCGACUCCCGAAGUUGUCAGCAAAAUAGCCCAGUAUAAACGAGAGUGCCCGUCCAUAUUUGCUUGGGAAAUCCGAGACAGAUUACUGUCAGAGGGGGUCUGUACCAACGACAAUAUACCCAGUGUAUCAUCAAUAAACAGAGUUCUACGCAACCUGGCUAGCGAAAAGCAACAGAUGGGCGCAGACGGCAUGUAUGAUAAACUAAGAAUGCUGAACGGGCAGACAGGAAGCUGGGGCACCCGCCCAGGGUGGUAUCCGGGGACCUCUGUACCAGGGCAACCUACACCAGAUGGCUGCCAGCAACAGGAAGGAGGGGGGGAGAACACUAAUUCCAUCAGCUCAAAUGGAGAAGAUUCAGAUGAAGCCCAAAUGAGACUUCAGCUGAAGCGAAAACUGCAAAGAAAUAGGACAUCCUUUACCCAAGAGCAAAUUGAGGCUCUGGAGAAAGAGUUUGAACGAACCCAUUACCCAGAUGUGUUUGCCAGAGAAAGACUAGCUGCCAAAAUAGACCUACCUGAAGCAAGAAUACAGGUAUGGUUUUCUAAUCGAAGAGCAAAAUGGAGAAGGGAAGAAAAACUGAGGAACCAGAGAAGGCAGGCUAGCAACACACCCAGUCACAUACCCAUCAGCAGUAGCUUCAGUACCAGCGUCUACCAGCCAAUCCCACAACCCACCACUCCUGUCUCCUCCUUCACAUCAGGCUCUAUGUUGGGUCGGACGGACACAGCCCUAACAAAUACAUACAGUGCUUUGCCUCCCAUGCCCAGCUUCACAAUGGCAAACAACCUGCCUAUGCAACCCCCUGUCCCCAGCCAGACCUCCUCCUACUCUUGCAUGCUGCCCACUAGUCCUUCGGUGAAUGGGCGGAGUUAUGAUACUUACACCCCUCCGCACAUGCAGACACACAUGAACAGUCAGCCAAUGGGCACUUCUGGUACCACUUCAACAGGCCUCAUUUCUCCUGGAGUGUCAGUCCCAGUUCAAGUUCCUGGAAGUGAACCUGAUAUGUCUCAAUACUGGCCACGAUUACAGUAA